GCAUCAUAAAGCCAGGAACGUAUCUUGACUCUGAUUUCAAGAACCCUAGUUCUUUCUGAGCAUGGCCACAUCCUCCAUUGCAGUCGCAUCGCUCCUGGUAGCCUUGCUGUUUCAUUGGUGGUUCAAACGACCAUCAGUUAAGCACAUCAAAGGACCCCCAUCGCCAUCUUUCUGGCUAGGCCACCAACGUGUACUUCGCAAUCAAGACAAUGCAGGUGAUCUUGAAACGAAAUGGUGCAGGGAGUAUGGCACCCUUUAUCGUACUGAGGGCGGUCUGGGUCAAGACAUCUUGGUAGUUUGCGAUUCAAAGGCUCUCGAACACAUUUUCGAUCCCUCAUGUCCUUACCCAAAAUCAAAGGAAAUCAUCUUUGUACUGAGUCUCAUUGGUGGCAAGGAUGGUCUUGCCAUUGUUGACGGUGAACCUCACCACCGCCAACGCAAGAUUCUGAAUCCAGCAUUUUCCUCUGCACAGCUUCGGAAUUCCAGGGUUAUCUUUCAACAAUGCAGUGACAAGCUUGUGGAUUGUAUCAAAGAAUCUCUGACUGGUGCUGAUGACAUUGUCGAUAUACACGAUUGGACAAGCAAGGUUUCCUUAGAUAUUAUCGGUCUAGCUUUCUUCCGGUAUGAUUUUUGUUCGCUCGAUGGUCUGGAAACGGAACUAGAGCAAGCAAUGAGACAUCUUUUCACGGCCUCGCAAGCUAAUCCAUCUGCACCAGAGCUUAUCCUCGUAACCUUGAUACGAAUGCUUCCAGAUUCAGUACUAGGACUUCUUCGACUGGUCCCGAUCCGAGAAAUACGUCAGCUCCUCAGUAUAGAAAAGGUGGCUAAGAAAACAGCUCGAGAAAUCAUGGCUAGACAUAACGAGGUGCAGACGCCAGAAGGUGAUGGAGAUAUAGUCAAUAUCCUUGCGGGAGCGCGCUUAGCAGGUAAAAUGCAGGAUGAUGAAAUUGAAGCACAGCUAAUGACCUUCGUCACUGCUGGGCAUGAGACAUCGAGUUCUAAGCUCAAACAAUCAAACGACUACGACUCAAUGCCAUUUUUGAACGCAGCUAUCAAAGAGUCUCUUCGUCUGCACCCAAAUAUGCAUUCCUUGAUGCGUACUGCUCCUCAUGACGACGUCCUGCCUCUCUCCAAAGGGAAGACGCUCGCGGUACCUAAGGGGCAAACAUUUGCUUGUUCUGCUUACCUAUACAACCGUCUUCCGUCUCUCUGGGGAGACGAUGCGGAAGAGUGGAACCCGGCUCGAUUUUUUGACACGACUCUGUCUGUAUCUCGGGGUGUGUAUGCUAAUCUGAUGACAUUUGGUGCCGGACCUCGUUCAUGUAUCGGGUGGCGAUUUGCGAUCAUGGAAACGCAAACAAUCAUAGCGAAUCUGAUUCUACACUUCGAGUUCGGUUUGCCUGAGGGAGGCAUUGAGAUAAUGCAGUUCCCUGGAUCGCCGGCUGUUGUGCCUAUUGUGAAGGGGAAAGCACAUCUAGGAUCUCAGCUACCCUUACGGGUGAGAGCUUUAACGUAAUGGAUGAUGCCUGGUCCGAGAGUAUGAAUUCGUGUAAUACAUUUCCUCGGCAAUCUAGAGACUUCAACCCCAAAAGGACGUUCUCAUACUGGUGUGUGCAGAUCAUCAAGGAGCGCGGCC